AUGACAUUGGACGCCUAUUCAGGCGACUAUGAUCCCAUGGAGCAUUUAAGGUAUUUCAAUACCAAGAUGGUUAUUGGCGAUGCAACAGAUGCGGUGAAGUGCCGACUAUUGCCAUCAACAUUUAAGGGCAUGGCGAUGACUUGGUUCAUUAAGCAGCCACCAUUCUGCAUCGACAAUUUCACAGAUCUAUCUACUAAGUUCUUAACUCAAUUCUCAGCCAAUCAGACCACAAAGGCCACAAUUUUUGAUCUGAUAAAUAUACACCAACAGUCAGGCGAGAAACUGAAGACAUAUAUGGCACGGUUCAGCAAGACGGUCGUUCAGCUAGAGGAGGAUAGCUCGGACGUGUGCGUGGCGUCGUUCAAAAAUGGCCUUAGGGCUAGGUCCCUGAAUCGUGAUUUGACAAGACGCCCGGCGCGUGACAUGAUGGACCUCCGAGCCAGAGUUCAAGAAUUCAUCUUGAUAGAACAAGAUGAUCAAAACAAGAAAAAAAGAGAAGAUUGGAGAAAGAGUGUUCAGCCAGGCACUCUUCCACCAGAAAAGCCCAAGGUGGGAAAAGACGCAAGACCGGCACUGACUCCUCGCCAGCCAAGACCUGUCCUUUAUCAAAAUUCCAAACAGGGAUUUCAAAGCAACACAUGGCACAAGAAUCCCCAAGGAGUCUCGUCGGCGCAGGUGACUCAGUCAGUUGCUCCACCAAAUGGAACGCCAUUAACAAAGUUGAAUGCACCAUUGAGCACAAUAUUAAGGGUUGUGGGCCAGACGAAUGUUGUGCAAUAUCCUCCGCCUCCUAGGCGACCACCAUCUAAUGUUGACACCAACAGAUGGUGCGAAUUUCACAAAGCUUUAGGGCACACCACUGACAAUUGUUGGACUUUGCGGCAAGAGAUUGAUCGCUUAAUCAAAGUAGGACACUUGGCAAGUUUUGUUAAGGAUGCCUCUGCACAGGAGCCAGCCAAGGUGGCUCAAGGCGACAAAGGAAAAGGCAAGGAAGUGGUUGAGGAGUUAGGCGAUCCUGUGGGCGAAUGUGCAUCUAUCGCAGGAGGAUUUGGUAGAGGCGAGCUUUCCAGCAAAGCCAGAAAGAGAUAUGUGGCGGCAGUGCACUCUGUACACGUAGCAUAUGAAGGAGCAUGCUAG